AUGACCUGCUGGUUGCUCUGGGCUCAUAACCUAUUCGAUCAACUCUACUACGUCAGCGAUGUAGUUAUAGCCAAGAGUGAUGAAUGCAUUUCAACAUACCUAUUCGAUCAACUCUACUACGUCAGCGAUGUAGUUAUAGCCAAGAGUGAUGAAUAGGAAGCUAACAAUAAGAGACCCGCGCACCCCAAGUCCACAGCCAGCGAGCCUGGGGCUGAGCCAAUGGCCCAGGCUCGCUCCGCGCGCCUAAGUCCCAGGCUCGCUUCGCGCGCCUAAGUCCUGGGCCGGGGCGCCCGGCUCACUCCGCGCGCCUAAGUCCGCGCCCGGUUCGCUCCGCGCGCCUAAGUCCUGAGCCGAGCGGAGAGUGGAUUCCUCACACCCCCCCCAGCUGCUCUCCAGCUUCGUUCGGCAGGACUCUCGACCUCGCAUUCGGCCAUGCUUGCCACCAGCUCCCCCUGCCCCGCCUGCCGCGCUCCCGGUCACCGCCUGCGCGACUGCACUUCACGUGCGAAGCACCCGCCCACCGGCCCCUGCCGCCGAUGCCACAAGAAAGGUCACUGGGCACUCGACUGCAAGAACCGGGGUGAACAGGCACGUAGCAGCGACGACACCCAGGACGACACGUCUUCCUCCGCGGCCUCGCAACCGAACGUCGGCUAUUUCGCCUCCUGCCUCUUCGCUCGUCGCCAACUCCCAACUGACGCCUUUGUAGUCGAUUCGGGUGCCACGACACACAUGGUCGCCGACCGAUCUCUAUUCACGACUUAUCGUCAGACGGCACACACCAAGAUCGGCGGCAUCGCGGGCGGCAUCACGGCUAUCGGCAUGGGGGACGUGGCAUUCGUCGCCAAGACUGGACACCCGAUCACGCUCCGUGGUGUUCUUCACACGCCUGGCCUACACGUCAACCUCCUCUCUGUCUCUCGCCUCUGCGACACCGACCGCGUUCGUCUCGCCUUCACCAGCGACGGCAUCGACAUCGCCAAGGACGGCCGGGCCAUUGCUCACGGUACCAGGGUCAACGACGGUCUUUACCUUUUGGACGCGGAUCACACCAAGUGCCAGCAUCUUGCCUUCCUCUCACGCUCUGAGUCUCCCGUGCCCCUGCUUACCCUACACCGCUGCCUCGGCCAUCUUGCCCCAUCCUCUAUACAGAAGAUGAUUGCUGCAGGUUUGCUGGACGGGUUUGGGGCCGGGUACAGUGACAAAGACGUAGAGGAGUUUGUUUGCAAUGCUUGCCUUGGUUCCAAAGGUCACCGCCUUCCCUUUCCCGACUCUGAGUCGCAUUCCGCCGAGAGACUUGGCCUCGUGCACAGCGACGUCCUGUCGUUCCCCACUCCGUCCUUGACCGGGAAGCGCUACCUUGUCACGUUUCUAGACGACCACUCUCGCAAACUCUGGGCAUAUGCGAUCGAUCACAAAAGCGAUGUUUUCCCGACCUUCCAGACUUGGCUCGCCGAAGUGGAGUUAGAGACGAACGCGCGGUUGAGGAUCCUUCGAACCGACAAUGGCGGGGAGUACCGAUCAAACGCAUUCACGGAGUUCUGCAAAUCCAAGGGCAUUCGUCGUCAAUACUCUAUCCCUUACACGCCUCAACAAAACGGUCGCGCCGAACGUGUCAACCUCUCCAUCGUCGAGGGCGUCCUCGCUCUCCUUGCGGACGCCCGUCUGCCGGCCACCUUUUGGGAUGAAGCGGCUGCGUAUUUCGUUUAUUGCAAAAACAGGUGCUCACACUCAGCUUUGGCCAAACAGACUCCAGAAUCCGUUUGGAACGGCCAACGCACCACCGCCACCGCCCUCCACCCGUUCGGCUGCACAGCCUGGCUCACGGUCGCCCCGGACCUUCGCAGCAAGCUCGACCCCAAGGCCGCGCGCGUGAUCUUCACAGGUUACGACCUCGCCUCCAAAGCUUUCCGUUUCUUUGACCAUUCCAUCAACAAGAUUGUACUUGGUCGCAAUGCCACCUUCCUCGACGACGACUUCCCCGGCCUGCCAGUCACCACGCCCGUCGAUGCAGACGACACCGACCGUCAGUUCGUCGUUCCCGCCGACACGCCCGCCCCUGCCGUCAAGACGAGGACCCCACUAGUAAGGUCGGCGCACAUGGACGUCUCAUCCUCCCUUGAUGAUUCUGCCAUGAGCGCCGUUGACGUGGCCCCAGGGUACACUGGCGGAACCUUACUUAAUUCCACAGAUACCGAAUCGUCCUCGUCACCGUCUCCUGAGCCGUCCUCGUCACCGUCGCCCACAAACCCUUUGUCACCGUCGCCUGCGCUGUCACCGUCGUUGGCAGCGUCAUCGUCACCCUCGGUCUCACCGACCGACUCUGACUACUCCGCCGACCCUCUGGACCUCAUCGGCUCACAGACCCCGACUCGCCUUGGCCCACCGGACGUGCACCGCCCAGACUUCAGCACGUACCGUGAGCCCGCAUCGGCUGAGGAGUCGCCCGACGAACUCGACAUCAUUGGGCGUCACUCGCGCGAUGAAUCGCCGGAUGAAAUCGAUUUCCUCACCCAACACCACCGCGCCUUCAUCGCCACAGACGACGACGACCCCACCCUCGACGCCAUCGAGCCCGUCAAAUCGAUCACUAGCGACCCCCAGACCUGGCGCGAAGCAAUGUCCAGCGACGAGCACAACAUCUGGGCUGAGGCCGCCGCCGCCGAGUUCACCGCCAUGCGCGACGACUUCAAGGUGUUCACCAUCGAGCCUCGCUCAUCUGUACCGCCGGGCGCCACCAUCGUCACCUCCAAAUUCGUCUGGAAGACCAAGCGCAACGCAAGCGGUGAAGUCACGGGGCGGAAGGCACGUCUUGUAGCGCAGGGUAACCGACAGCGCGACGGCAUCGACUUCUCAGAAACCUUCGCACCCGUCGCCCGUUUCUCCUCCAUUCGCUGCCUCCUGGCUCUUGCCGCUGCCAAUGGCUACCACGUUCAUCAGGCCGACAUCGACAAGGCUUACCUCCACGGCGAGCUCGAUCAUGAUAUCUGGAUGACGACACCACGCGGUUUCGACUUCCCGAGCGAUAAGGUUCUCCGGCUGCGACGCUCAAUCUACGGUCUCAAGCAGGCCGGUCGCAUCUGGAAUCGUCACAUUGACACAUCACUCAGGAAUCUGGGGUACAAGGCAACAGGCACUGAUCACUGCAUUUACUCUUGCAUUGACGAUCAGCAGCGGCCUCACUAUAUCGCCUUGUAUGUCGACGACCUCCUCAUUGUCAGUCCAGCCCUCGACGAGAUCGAACGUGUCAUCUCCGGCCUUGAACAGCGGUACGGCGUCAAACGACUCGGCCCCGCGGAGUACAUCCUCGGAAUCCAAAUACGCCGCCUGGACGACGGUUCCAUUGCUCUAUCCCAGGAGCGCUACAUCAUGGACGUGCUGGCCCGUUUCCACUUCGACACCACGACACGCGGCACUACGGUGCCGAUGACGCCCGGCCUCUCGCUCACGGCAAUUCCGGGUCAGGGAACGGAGCGCAUUCGUUCGUGGUACCUACAGGCCAUCGGCUCCCUCCUCUACAUCUCCCUUGGCACUCGACCCGACAUUGCCUUCGCCGUCUCGUACCUGUCCCGGUUCGCCAACAACCCCGGCCGCCGCCAUUGGAUUGCCGUCAAACACGUCCUUCGCUACCUUCGCGCCACGUACCGCGAUGAGCUUCUCUAUGCCCGCGGCCCAGCAAAAGUCACGGGUGUGGUUGGUUAUUCUGAUGCGAACUGGGGCGCCUGCGUCGACACAUCCAUUUCAACGAUGGGCUACGUAUUUUACUUGGCAGGCGCCGCUGUCUCUUGGUCGUCGAAGCGUCAGACUCGGGUAGCGGAUUCCACCACUGAUGCCGAGUACCUGGCCUUGUCGCACGCGGGUAAGGAAGCGAUCUACCUUAACCAACUCCUCUCCGAGCUCCACGUUUGCCCAAUCGCUGCAGCUCACAUCUUCACCGACAACGAGGCCGCGGCCGCCGUCGCUCACGACCCCGUUCGCACCUCCGGCACCCGGCACAUUCGCCUCCGCGAGCAUUUUGUCCGUGACAUGGUCAAUCGAGGUGAUAUCUCUCUCUCACACGUUGGCACAGCAGACAUGGUUGCGGACGUAUUCACCAAAGCGCUAGGCCCCAAGAUUUUUGGUACACAUUGCUAUGCUCUAGGCCUCCGGACGCGACAUCCACGGCUCAAGUCUACCUCGCGUUCGCGUGGGGGGGGGUGUGAGGAAUCCACUCUCCGCUCGGCUCAGGACUUAGGCGCGCGGAGCGAACCGGGCGCGGACUUAGGCGCGCGGAGUGAGCCGGGCGCCCCGGCCCAGGACUUAGGCGCGCGAAGCGAGCCUGGGACUUAG